UUGUCACUCAGUUGUCAGUUGCAGAUAGAAUACAGUCAUAUAAAAAAUAUUUUUACGAAAACUAACGAAAUUGAACAAAAAAAUAAAAUACGUAAAUCACUUUAAAGUGAGAAUUAAUUAUUUUCUUAAUACUAUUAAAACUUGUAAUAUGUGAUUAUUAGAAAGCGUUAACGACGUUCCAUAAAACAAUAACCAUGGCUCUGAAUUUGGAGAGCUGCGAUAGCCUGCCUCCAGAUGAAGAGCCGAAGUUGAAAUACGAUAGAAUGGGUAACGAUGUGCAAAACAUUCUGCAAAAAGACGCAGUGAGUUGUAUCUGUGUUCAUACAAAAUUCAUUUGCCUCGGCACGCAAUGGGGUGUGAUUCACCUAUUGGACCACGAAGGGAAUACUGUGCCAAUCUCGCAAGACGGAAAGGACAAAGAGCUGCAGGCUCACGCGAUCGCUGUGAACAAAAUCUCGGUGGACGUGAAUGGAGAUUACAUUGCGAGCUGCUCGGACGACGGCAAAGUGCUGGUAUACGGCCUCUACUCCAGCGACAAUGCACACAGCUUGCCUCUAGGAAGAGUUAUCAAAUCUGUAGCUUUGGAUCCAUUUUACUUCAAAUCAGGAUCUGGCAGAAGAUUCCUCACAGGUGAUACAAAGCUUACACUGUAUGAGAAAACAUUCCUAAAUAGACUGCGGAGUACAGUAUUGUUUGAGUGUGAGGGCCAUGUGCAGGCCAUUUCCUGGCACGACCGGUUCAUAGCUUGGGCCAGUGAGGUCGGUGUCCGGGUGUACGAUCUCCAGGCUAGGUGUUCCCUGGGCCUUAUCCAGUGGGAGAAGAGCCCCAAUAGAUCCAUUGAAGAUUACCGUUGCAAUCUACUGUGGUCAGCCCCCAAAACUCUGAUGAUAGGAUGGGUUGACACUGUUAGAAUAUGUGUCAUCAGGAAGCGUAGCCAAAUAGAGCUGCAGACCAGAGAUGUCACUGAGUAUUUAGUGGACCCUGUGUACACAUUUCAAAUAGAUUAUUAUAUUUGUGGGCUGGGCCCCUUUGACGACCAGCUAGUGUUGCUUGGUGUGCCCAAGGAUUGUGAUCCAGAAACGGGCAAGGCCCAGCGACCUGUAUUGAUGGUGGCCGAUUAUAAAGACUGUGAAUUUUGUGAAGUGUCUACUGACGUCCUCAAUAUUCGGGGGUAUGAAGAAUAUUCUUGCAAUGAUUACUACCUUGACAUGCUCAUAGAAGAAAAUCGAUUUUUCAUUGUUUCCCCAAAAGAUAUACUUGUAGCUAGUCCUUAUGAUAUUGAUGAAAAAAUUACUUGGCUUAUGGAGUAUGGCCGCUUUGACAAGGCAAUGGCAAUACUUGAGGAAGUGGGUGGCAAAACAUCAAAGCACUCAUUGGUAGUUGUAGGAGUGCAGUAUUUAGACCGUUUGUUAUCAGAGCAUCUGUUUGAGGAGGCGGCAAUCCUAUGUGCUCGCAUCUGCAAGAAUGAGAAGGUCCUAUGGGAAAAUCAAAUUGUUAAAUUUGCUGAAGUAAACCAGCUCCGGGCUAUAAGCUCAUAUGUACCCAAAAAUCCAGAGCAGUGCUUGAGCCCACACAUUUAUGAACUUAUAUUUUAUGAGUACUUAAAGGUGGAUCCCCAGGGAUUCCUCAAGCUGGUGAAGGAGUGGAACCACAAGUUGUACAACACAGGUGUCAUUAUUAAGGGAGUGCUGGACCACUUGCUCACAACUGAAGUAGAUAAAAACAUCUACCUCGAAGCCCUAGCCUUGCUAUAUUGCUAUCAAAGGAAAUAUGACAAAGCCCUGAAUGCAUACCUGAAACUUCAACAUAAAGAUGUAUUCAAACUUAUUUCUCGUUACAAAAUGUAUAAUGUGAUUCAUGACAAAAUUCUGGACCUGAUGACCCUGGACUGCAAUGAGGCAAUAUCCCUUCUACUAGAAAAUAAAAUUCCAGUUGAAGUAGUAGAGAAACAACUCGAGAAACAUGACUAUUUGUUAUUCCAGUUUCUACACGCUUACAGCAAGAAGGAGCGCUUACAGCCUGAUGAGAGAGAAAAUAGUAGAUAUCAUGGGAAGCUAGUCAGGCUGUAUGCAAAGUUUGACAAAGAAAAAUUGCUACCAUUCCUCAAAUGCAGUGACAAUUAUCCUAUCCAGGAAGCACUGGAUGAGUGCAGAAGUAAUGAGUUUUAUCCAGAAAUGGUGUUCCUGCUGGGGCGUAUGGGCAACACACGGGAAGCUCUGCAGAUCAUCAUUGAGCAGCUCCAUGACAUCAAGCAAGCCAUCUCCUUUUGCCAGGAGCAUAACGACAAGGAGCUCUGGACAGACCUCAUCAAACAAACGGUGGACAAGCCGGAAUAUGUAACAUUGCUCUUGAAGAGGAUAGGCAACUAUGUGGACCCUCGCAUGUUAAUACAGAAUAUAAAAUCAGGCUGUGAAAUCAAAGACUUGAAAGAGUCAUUAGCAAAAAUGAUGUGUGAUUACAGGCUCCAGCUGUCGGUGCAAGAGGCCUGCAAGGUCAUCACACUAAGGAAUUUCUUUGAAAUACAUGAAAAGCUCAUUGUUGGUCAGCAGAGAGGUAUAUCAGUGACCGAUGACUUUCUGUGUUGUGUAUGCCAAGGCCGUAUAAUCAUGAAGGACCUGUCGAAUGCUUCAAACCUAAAAGUGUACAACUGCAGACAUUCCUAUCACAUAGAAUGCCUGCCGGACGGGGCGGAGUCCAACUGCCCGGUGUGCAGUGCGGUACGCUUGUGACACACACGCACACACGACAAGCUCAAUAUUUGCUCCUAGGUGGAUAAUCAAACUCAAAUCAACUCAAACUAUCCAAAUAAUAUUUUUCCAUGUAACUAGUGAUAACAAUGUACCUACUUACGAUUAUUCAAUCAGUUGGACUAAUUAAUGAGGUUUACAUGAUAACUCUAUUUGGUGCUUUUGUAAUAAAGUGGCUUUUGUAUUAUUUUCCUGUUUUAAGUUAUAGCCAUAUAAUGUAUUUAUAAAAUAAAAAUUUAACUAAAA